CGGAACUACGUUUCCCGGUGUGCACUGCGGGCCGCCGAGCCUCCAGAAAGCGUUGCUCCCCAGGGGAGGGAGCAGCGCUGGCCCAUUUUGCAGAUGGGGGCGUCGAGGCCCGGGCCGACUGCGAUCUCGGGGGCGGCCUUGGCUCCGUGGGAUGAGGUCCCGGACGUCCCGGCCCCCGGGGAAGGCUUGGCGGAGCGGGUAUGCGAUGCGCAGCCAGUGCCGUUCGUCCCGCAGGUGCUGGGCGUGAUGAUCGGGGCUGGAGUCGCGGUGCUGGUCACGGCCGUGCUCAUCCUCCUGCUGGUGCGGAGGCUUCGAGUGCCGAAAACUCCAGCCCCGGAUGGCCCGCGGUAUCGAUUCCGGAAGAGAGAUAAAGUGCUUUUCUAUGGCCGGAAGAUUAUGCGGAAGGUAUCACAAUCCACUUCUUCGCUGGUGGACGCCUCCGUCUCCACCACUUCCCGGCCACGCAUGAAGAAGAAACUUAAGAUGCUCAACAUUGCUAAGAAGAUCCUGCGCAUCCAGAAAGAGGCGCCAACGCUGCAGCGGAAGGAGCCCCCGCCUGCAGUGCUAGAGGCUGACCUGACCGAGGGCGACCUGGCCAACUCCCACCUGCCCUCCGAGGUGCUCUACAUGCUCAAGAACGUCCGGGUGCUGGGCCACUUUGAGAAGCCGCUCUUCCUGGAGCUGUGCCGGCACAUGGUCUUCCAGCGGCUCAGCCAGGGUGACUACGUCUUCCGGCCAGGCCAGCCCGAUGCCAGCAUCUACGUGGUGCAGGAUGGGCUGCUGGAGCUCUGUCUGCCGGCUCCUGAUGGGAAGGAGUGUGUGGUGAAGGAAGUGGUUCCUGGGGACAGUGUCAACAGCCUUCUGAGCAUCCUGGAUGUCAUCACCGGUCACCAGCACCCGCAGCGUACUGUGUCCGCUCGGGCGGCCCGAGACUCCACGGUGCUGCGGCUUCCAGUCGAGGCCUUCUCAGCCGUCUUCACCAAGUAUCCUGAGAGCUUGGUGCGGGUAGUGCAGAUCAUCAUGGUGAGGCUGCAGCGGGUCACUUUCCUGGCACUUCACAACUACCUGGGUCUGACCAAUGAGCUCUUCAGCCAUGAGAUCCAGCCCCUGCGCCUCUUCCCCAGCCCGGGCCUCCCAGCCCGCACCAGCCCUGUGCGUGGCUCCAAGCGGAUAGCCAGCACCUCUGCUUCUGAGGAGGCGAGGGAGACGCCUGGCCGGCCGCCUGACCCCACCGGGGCCCCACUGCCUGGAACUGCAGGGGACCCAGUGAAGCCCACAUCCCUGGAAGCCCCCUCGGCCCCCUUGCUGAGUCGCUGCAUCUCGAUGCCAGUGGACAUCUCAGGCUUGCAGGGCGGCCCUCGCUCGGACUUCGACAUGGCAUAUGAGCGGGGCCGGAUCUCCGUGUCCCUGCAGGAAGAGGCCUCAUGGGGUCCCCAGGCAGCCCCGGCCCGGACCCCUACUCAGGAGCCCCGGGAGCAGCCAGCCGGCGCCUGUGAAUACAGCUACUGUGAGGAUGAGUCGGCCACUGGCGGGUGCCCCUUCGGGCCCUACCAGGGCCGCCAGACAAGCAGCAUCUUUGAGGCGGCAAAGCGAGAGCUGGCCAAGCUGAUGCGGAUUGAGGACCCCUCCCUUUUGAAUAGCCGAGUCUUGCUGCAUCACACCAAAGCCGGCACCAUCAUUGCCCGCCAGGGGGACCAGGAUGUGAGCCUGCACUUCGUGCUCUGGGGCUGCCUGCACGUCUACCAGCGCAUGAUCGACAAGGCCGAAGACGUGUGCCUGUUCGUGGUGCAGCCCGGGGAGCUGGUGGGACAGCUGGCCGUGCUUACCGGCGAGCCCCUCAUCUUCACGCUGCGGGCCCAGCGUGAUUGCACCUUCCUGCGGAUCUCCAAGUCUGACUUCUAUGAGAUCAUGCGUGCACAGCCCAGUGUAGUGCUGAGCGCUGCGCAGACCGUGGCCGCGAGGAUGUCGCCCUUCGUGCGCCAGAUGGACUUCGCCAUCGACUGGACAGCGGUAGAGGCGGGACGCGCACUGUACAGGCAGGGCGACCGCUCCGACUGCACCUACAUCGUGCUCAAUGGGCGGCUGCGAAGUGUCAUCCAGCGUGGCAACGGCAAGAAGGAGUUGGUGGGCGAGUACGGCCGCGGGGAUCUCAUAGGAGUGGUGGAGGCGCUGACCAGGCAGCCACGUGCCACGACGGUGCACGCGGUGCGCGACACAGAGCUGGCCAAACUCCCCGAGGGCACCCUGGGCCACAUCAAACGUCGAUAUCCGCAGAGGAGGAAAAGGUGGUGCAGAAUUGCUCCUCCAGUCUCACUGGACCGCCGGCCUCCAACGCCCCAGGUCGUCACCCGCCUCAUCCACCUGCUGAGCCAGAAAAUUCUGGGGAAUUUGCAGCAGCUGCAAGGACCCUUCCCAGCAGGUUCGGGCCUAGGUGUUCCCCCUCACUCGGAGCUCACCAACCCAGCCAGCAACCUGGCAACGGUGGCAGUGCUGCCCGUGUGUGCCGAGGUGCCCAUGGUGGCCUUCAUGCUGGAGCUGCAGCAUGCUUUGCAAGCCAUUGGCCCCACACUUCUCCUCAACAGUGACAUCAUCCGGGCACGCCUGGGGGCCUCUGCGCUGGACAGCAUCCAAGAAUUCCGGCUGUCAGGGUGGCUGGCCCAGCAGGAGGACACGCACCGCAUCGUGCUUUACCAGACGGACGCAUCGCUGACGCCCUGGACCGUGCGCUGCCUGCGCCAGGCCGACUGCAUCCUCAUCGUGGGCCUUGGCGACCAGGAGCCCACGCUUGGCCAGCUGGAGCAGAUGCUGGAGAACACGGCGGUGCGCGCCCUCAAGCAGCUGGUCCUGCUGCACCGCGAGGAGGGUCCGGGUCCCACGCGCACAGUGGAGUGGCUCAACAUGCGCAGCUGGUGCUCGGGGCACCUGCAUCUGCGCUGUCCGCGCCGCCUCUUCUCGCGCCGCAGCCCCGCCAAGCUGCACGAGCUCUACGAGAAGGUUUUCUCGAGGCGCGCUGACCGGCACAGCGACUUCUCCCGCCUGGCGCGGGUGCUCACAGGCAACACCAUCGCCUUGGUGCUGGGCGGGGGCGGGGCCAGAGGCUGCUCACACAUCGGAGUGCUGAAGGCAUUAGAGGAGGCGGGGGUCCCUGUCGACCUGGUGGGCGGCACGUCCAUCGGCUCCUUCAUCGGGGCCCUGUACGCCGAGGAGCGGAGCGCCAGCCGCACUAAGCAGCGGGCCCGGGAGUGGGCCAAGAGCAUGACUUCAGUUCUGGAGCCCGUGCUGGACCUCACCUACCCCGUCACCUCCAUGUUCACGGGGUCGGCCUUCAACCGCAGCAUCCACCGUGUCUUCCAGGACAAGCAGAUCGAGGACCUGUGGCUGCCGUACUUCAACGUGACCACGGACAUCACCGCCUCAGCCAUGCGUGUCCACAAAGAUGGCUCCCUGUGGCGAUACGUGCGUGCCAGCAUGACACUCUCGGGAUACCUGCCGCCACUGUGUGACCCCAAGGAUGGGCACCUCCUCAUGGACGGUGGCUACAUCAACAACCUGCCAGCGGACAUUGCUCGCAGCAUGGGUGCCAAGACGGUCAUCGCCAUCGACGUGGGAAGCCAGGAUGAGACGGACCUUAGCACCUACGGGGACAGCCUCUCUGGCUGGUGGCUGCUGUGGAAGCGGCUGAACCCCUGGGCAGACAAGAUCAAGGUUCCAGACAUGGCCGAGAUCCAGUCUCGCCUGGCCUAUGUGUCCUGCGUGCGGCAGCUGGAGGUCGUGAAGUCCAGCUCGUACUGCGAGUACCUGCGCCCACCCAUCGACUGCUUCAAGACCAUGGACUUCGGGAAGUUCGACCAGAUCUAUGAUGUGGGCUACCAGUACGGGAAGGCCGUGUUUGGGGGCUGGAGCCGGGGCGACAUCAUUGAAAAGAUGCUCACGGACCGACGGUCUGCAGAUCUUAAUGAGAGCCGCCGUGCAGACGUACUUGCCUUCCCCAGCUCCGGCUUCACCGACUUGGCGGAGAUCGUGUCCCGGAUCGAGCCCCCCACGAGCUAUGUUUCUGUUUCCGACGGCUGCGCAGAUGGGGAGGAGUCGGACUGCCUGACUGAGUACGAGGAGGACGUGGGGCCAGACUGCUCGCGGGACGAAGGGGGCUCUCCAGAGGGCGCGAGCCCCAGCACUGCCUCCGAGAUGGAGGAGGGGAAGCCGAUCCUCCGGCACCGGAGCUGUCUGCCGCAGGACGCCCCCAGAUCUGCGGAUGCCUGAGGACCUCGAGAGGGGUCCCCCCUUGGGCUGGACUAGGGUGGGCCCUCUGGAGGCGGCUCACUGCCCCUCUGCCUGCUGCUAUGCCUGUGACCCUCCGGGGUCCCCCUUGACCCCCAGCCCCCAGGGUCCACACACUGGGCUGGUUUGUCCCCCGGGGGAGGGCCAGCACUGCACUGAUGACCCUUGAUCAGUCACACCAAUAAACCUGCCCCUCUCGGAA